UCUGGGAAAGAUAGUUCAUUCUAAUAUCGCUGCCACUUGAGGUCAACAGUUUCCUGGUCAGUGAUUUUCGCUGUGAUUCUAUUUAAAAAAGGCAUCUUUUGGUUUCAUAUAAAGAGCAUAAGAUGCAGUCGGAGGAUGCACGCUAUCUGAAACGGAAAGUGAAGGGUGGUAGCCUGGACGUGCACCCUACAGAGAAAGCCCUGGUUGUUCAGUAUGAGGUGGAGGCGACCAUCCUUGGAGAGACCGGAGACGAGAUGCUGGGAGACCGCAAGAAGUGUCAGAAGAUUAUUCGUCUGAAGAGCCUGAAUACGAACACAGACGUUGCAGCCCUGGCCCGUAAGGUGGUUGAGGAGUGUAAACUCAUCCAUCCCUCCAAGCUGUCAGAGGUGGAGCAGCUGCUCUUCUAUCUACAGAACCGCAAGAAGGCCAGCGGGAAAGCAGAGAAGAGAGUGGUGAAACCUAGAGACCUAACUCCAUUUGAAGGAAUGGAGAUAGAUGAGGAGGCUAACAUCAACAAGGUGGAAGAGUAUGUAGAGCUGCUGUAUGAAGGUAUGGAGGAGAAGGUGAAAGGGGCUACACUCAUCCUACACCUGGCCAGGAACCCUGUCAACCUGGAGGAACUACUAGAGAAUGAAACGGCUCUAGGAGCCCUGGCCAGAGUGCUGCGGGAGGACUGGAAGCAGAGUGUUGAGCUUGCCACCACCAUCAUCUAUGUUUUCUUCUGCUUCUCCAGUUUCUCCCAGUUCCAUGGGCUGGUGACCCACUAUAAAAUCGGAGCUCUGUGUAUGAAUGUCAUGGAACACGAACUGAAGAGAUACGACCUCUGGCAGGACGAACUGCAGAAGAAGACCAGGACAUGUGAAGACGACCCUGACAACCAGGCCUUGAGGAAGGAACAUGAGAAGGCCUUUAAGAAGUACCAGGGACUACUGGUGAAACAGGAGCAGCUGCUGAGAGUUGCUCUGUACCUGUUGUUGAACCUGGCUGAGGACACCAGGACAGAGCUGAAGAUGAGAAACAAGAACAUCGUCCACAUGCUGGUGAAGACCCUGGACCGGGAGAACGAGGAACUACUGGUGCUGGUGGUGUCCUUCCUCAAGAAACUCAGCAUCUUCCUGGAGAACAAGAACGAUAUGGCGGAGGUGGACACCGUAGAGCGUUUGUCUCGUUUAGUCCCGUGUGAACAUGAAGACCUGCUGAACAUCACGCUGCGUCUCCUCCUCAACCUCUCCUUUGACACCGGGCUACGCAUCAAGAUGGUGCAGGUCGGCUUGCUGCCCAAACUCACCUCCCUGCUGGGUGACGAGAACCACAAGCAGAUGGCCAUGUGUAUCCUGUACCACAUCAGUGUUGAUGACAGGUUCAAGUCCAUGUUCGCCUACACCGACUGCAUCCCACAGUUGAUGAAGAUGUUGUUUGAGCACGGUGAGGAGAGGAUCGAUGCUGAGCUCAUCUCCUUCUGUAUCAACCUGGCAGCUAACAAGAAGAACGCUCAGCUCAUCUGUGAAGGUAAUGGUCUGAAGAUGUUGAUGAAGAGAGCUCUGAAGCUGAAGGAUCCUUUACUUAUGAAGAUGAUACGAAACAUCUCUCAACACGACGGACCACCCAAACACCUCUUCAUCGACUAUGUAGGAGACCUGGCAGCCCAGAUCACUCCUGAUGAAAAUGAAGAGUAUGUGAUCGAGUGUCUGGGGACCCUGGCUAACCUCACUAUCGCUGAUCUGGACUGGGAACUGGUGUUGAAGGAGUACAACCUGGUACCUUACUUUAAAGAUAGGCUCAAACCAGGCUCUGCAGAGGAUGACCUGAUACUAGAGGUGGUGAUCAUGAUCGGGACGGUGUCCAUGGACGACAGCUGUGCCGCCAUGUUGGCCAAGUCUGGCAUCAUCCCUGCUAUCAUAGAACUACUCAACGCCCAACAGGAGGACGAUGAGUUUGUGUGUCAGAUCGUCUAUGUGUUUUACCAGAUGGU